AUGGGUAAAUCUGAUAAUUACAGCAUUAUUAGUACUUUGGAAGAUUUCGAAAUCAGAUUGGAGAACCAUGUCCAGGUUAAAAGAUAUUCGAUUUGUCAUAUGGCAAUAAAAUUGCGUGAAGAUAAAGAGUUAUCCGGUCCUUGCACUUCUGACCAGUGCAAGUAUCAUAUGAAACCUGCAAUCAAGAAAUAUGAUCACUACAAAGACUUUUAA